UGUGUCAUUGUCACCCUGUCACUGCCCCCGCGCUUCCGGAGACACAUCUGGAUCAAGAGAGGUGAUUUCCUGCUGGUCGACCCCAUCCUGGAGGGCUCCAAGGUCAAGGCUGAGAUCUCCCUGGUGCUGCUCCCGCCCCACGUGCGCUCGCUGCAGCGCCAGGGGCUCUGGCCCGAGGCCUUCGCGCCCCUGGAGAGGAAAAACCCACGGGAGGGUGACAACCAGGGGCUCUUUGUCAACACCAACCGGGGGGGGACCUCUGGGGACACCGGGGACAGCUCUGGGGACAGCGAGGAGGACACGGGGGACAGCGACGGGGACAGCGACGAGGAUGAUGAGGAGGACAACGAGGACACCCAGGACAGCGAAGGGGACGAUGGGGACACCGGGGACAACGAUGGGGACACCCAGGACAACGAUGGGGACACCGGGGACAACGAUGGGGACACCGGGGACAGCUCGGAGCGCGGCAGCCGGGGACACACGGGGGACACGAGUGACAGCGUGGGGACAGAGGCCCCGCAGCCCAAGGACACUGGGGACAGGGGGGACACGGGGCGGGGGGGGGACGCUCCCCAAUAAAGGACGCUGGUGGCA